AUGGUGAAGGAAGUGUACACGUGCUUGGAGUGUGGAAUGAUCUUCUCAGAUGAAACCCAAUAUAAUUUCCAUUUCCAAAUGCAGGAUGGAAAGAAGAUCCAUCAAGGCUUGGAGUGUGGAAAGAGCUUGCUUUGUAGAGCAGAGCUCCUUAAACAUCAACAGACAUAUACAGGAGAGCAAUAUUAUAGCAUGAGUUUUUCAGAGAAAUCAGAGCUUAUUAAACACCAAAGUUUUUAUUCAGGAGAGACGCCAUUGAUCUGUUCAGAGAGUGAAAUGACAUUCUUUGAUGAAAGACAGGGAAAUCUGCAUUUCCCAAGAAACUUUAUAAUGAAGGCAUGUAAAUGCUUUUGGUGUGGGAGUUACUUUAAAUACAAAUCACAGCUCCUUGUGCACCAAAGAAUACAUACAGGGGAGAAACUGUUUGAAUGCUCCGAGUGUGGGAAGAGAUUCAUUCGGAGCAGUCAUCUUAAUAAGCAUUUAAGAACUCACACAGGGGAGAAACCUUUUGAGUGCUCAGAGUGUGGAAAGAGAUUCAGUCACAGUGGCAAUCUUCAACAGCAUCAAACAACUCACACAGGGGAGAAACCUUUUGAAUGCUCAGAGUGCGGAAAGAGGUUCAGUCAGAGUAGCCAUCUCCUGGUGCAUCAAAGAACCCACACAGGGGAGAAACCUUUUGAAUGCUCAGAAUGUGGAAAGCGAGUGAGUGACAGUAGCAGUUUUCAACGGCAUCUAAGAACCCACUCAGGGGAGAAACCGUUUGAAUGCUCAGAAUGUGGAAAGCGAGUGAGUGACAGUAGCAGUUUUCAACGGCAUCUAAGAACCCACUCAGGGGAGAAACCGUUUGAAUGCUCAGAAUGUGGAAAGCGAGUGAGUGACAGUAGCAGUUUUCAACGGCAUCUAAGAACCCACUCAGGGGAGAAACCGUUUGAAUGCUCAGAAUGUGGAAAGAGAUUCAGUGGGUCUGUCAAUCUUCAACAGCAUCAAAGAACACACACAGGGGAGAAGCCUUUUGAAUGCUCAGAAUGUGGAAAGAGAUUCAGUCGGAGUGGCCAUCUUCACAGGCAUUUAAGAACUCACACAGGGGAGAAACCUUUUGAAUGCUCUGAGCGUGGAAAGAGAUUUAUUUUGAGUGGUGAUCUCCUACUGCAUCAAAAAACCUAUACGGAGGAGAAACCUUUUGAAUGUUCAGAAUGUGGAAAGAGAUUCAGUCAGAGCAGCCAUCUUCAUAAGCAUUUAAGAAUUCACACAGGGGAGAAACCUUUUAAGUGCUCAGUGUGUGGAAAGAGAUUCAGUCAGAGUGGUGAUCUUCAAAAGCAUUUAAGAACUCACACAGGGGAGAAACCUUUUGAGUGCUCAGAAUGUGGAAAGAAAUUCAGUCAGAAUGGCACUCUUCAACUGCAUCAAAGAACCCACACAGGGGAGAAACCUUUUGAGUGUUCAGAGUGUGGAAAGAGAUUCAGUCAGAGUGGCAGUCUUCAACAGCAUCAAAGAACCCACACAGGGGAGAAACCUUUUGAAUGCUCAGAGUGUGGAAAGAGAUUCAAUCGGAGUGACAAUCUUCAACAGCAUCAAAGAACCCACACGCAGAGGAGAAUCUUUUGA